CUAAUGUUAAUACUCAAAAGUCAAACGAUUUCAAUCCCUAUUUAGCUAUUUAUUAUUCUGCAAAACGGAAGAUUUUUAAUUUUACAAUAAUUUCUGAAACAUAAUACGAUUUUGCCCUUUGAAUGGCGAAUAUUCCAAAUGAACAAGAAUCCUGUAUAUAAUUAGAUCUUCGUGUUUUUAUUUCCUAGUUACUACGAUGUCAUCUUCGACUAGCAACAAGAAAGAAUCUUUUGAAGAGUUUUAUUCUGAGGUUAAAGAAAUUGAAAAAAGGGAUUCCGUUUUAACUCCUAAGCAACAAAUUGAAAGGUUACUUCGGCCAGGAUCUACCUAUUUUAAUUUAAAUCCAUUUGAAGUCUUGCAAGUAGAGCCAGAUGCCUCUCUUGAUGAAAUUAAAAAAAAAUAUAGACGUCUUUCAAUUCUGGUACAUCCUGAUAAAAAUAUGGAUGAUCUUGAGCGAGCUCAACAGUCAUUUGAGAUAGUGAAUCGUGCAUGGAAGACCUUAGAAAAUGAGGACACUAGAAAGAAAUGCUUGGACAUUUACCAAGAAGCAAAAGAAAGGACUGAACAUAUGAUAGAGCAGAAACGCAAGAAACAAAGGAAAGAAGGCCGUACUGACGAGCCGAUACCAGAAGAUGAUCCGGAUAAAUUUAAGCAUGCUGUCUAUGUUAUGACUAUGAAGCUCUUUGCUGAUAUGGAGAGAAAAAGGCAACACCUAGAAACAAGAGAUAUGGAAGAGAGAAAACGGAAACGGGAAUCAGAAAUCGAGCAAGAGGAGCAAAUGUCUUUUGAGAAAGAGUGGGCUAAGAACUUUGAAGAGUCUCGUCAAAACCGUGUCGACAGUUGGAAAACUUUUCAAUCGUCGAGUGGAAAAGAGAAGAAAAAGAAGAAAAUUAUGGGGUUCAAACCCCCUAAACCAAAACCUGAGAGUAGAUAAGAUUUAGUUUUCUUUAAUUAAUUUUAACUGUUUUCUGGUAAGCUAGUAAUUAGGAUUUUGUCUGAAUAAAAACAUACUCAGGAAUUGAUAAAUAUAAUUUCAGAUUUCACGCUGAAUCUUUGAAGACGUCAUUAAAACAGUUUUUUAACGCUAUUUUCAUUAAGCCGAUGUAUUCUUUAGUUUAAACACUGUAUUAUGUAUAUAGAUUUUCUCAAUGUUAGACUUUUUUUACACUUUGUAUUAAAAUACGCGUAAUUGUAUUUUUUUGUAACUACCCUCAUUUUUUAUUUAAUAUAAAAAUAUCGGUGUUAUGUUUUUGUUAAAUCGAAGUACUUAUAGAAAAUUCCUAAGGUGUGUCUUACAAGAACGUAAUUUAAAUAAUAGCAAUAAUUUUAAAGAAAGAAAUGUUCUGCUAACUUCCAGCCUUUUAAUAGUUUAAGAAUAGAAAAACGUAAGCAACAUAUUUUUGUCUCCUAUUACUUUGUCAUGUUAAUCAUCUAAGUGUGUGAUCAGCCCAGCGAGUGGUGAUCGAUUUUCAACUUACAUUCAAAUGUACAAUUUGAGUACCGGCAAAGAUGUCAAACUUCUUAGAAAAUAGUUUGACGUUCUAGAAAACGUUGAGUCAGUGAAAAUGAAAAAUGCAGGCGUCAGGCGGUCACCAAUAUCACGAUAACUGUAUCGAUAUAUAUUAUAUCAAUUGGUUGUACUUCACUUCCUAUAGAUAUAGACUUCAAAAUCGCCAGUAGUCAGAAGAUCAUUCUUCUGAGUAGACGUGUUUCGCAAUAAUGAAUGAAAUGAAAAGUAAGGCCUGAAUUGUAAUACAGACCAAACUUUAAGUUAUCUUAAUAUAGCAUUAAGGUAAGUUCAUUUGUUCAGUAUUUUGUUAAAAUAGUGAUCCAACGUCGUACUCUGAGUGUUCAUCCAAUCAACACGCACACACACACAGUCAAUAUUAACAGAUAAUGAUGUAUCACAAAAUCUAGAUUUUAUAUCUAUAUUUAUUUAUGCCGCCAUUAUACAUCACGUGAUCUCAAUGAUCACGGUAUGUAUUGAACGUCUGACCUCUGUCAUAACCAAGUGUUAAUGCACACAUAAAAAUACAAUACGUAUUAUUAUAUUGUUAUUGGUACAGGAAUCGAACGGAACUUGAGAAUCAUGAAACCACUAAGUCAAUCUCAUUUGUAUGUUUUAAUAUAAAUAAUAUAUUUAAAUUAAGUAAAUUCAAAUUUACUAGGCCGAAUAAGCUUGUAAAAUAAUAUGGGGAUUAGGCAUUUCAUUUUACCUUGUAUAUUUUGUUUUCUCUUUAUCUCUAAUAGAUGGCGCUGCUUCUAUAUCGUUAAAUGAUGUGCAUUACACAAAAUAUUGAAAUGUAUAUGCAACUAUUUCAAAAUAUUACCAAUUAACCAAGUUAAUUUUUAAUUUUAUCGAAAUUAUUCUUUUAACAUAAUAAAAAGUGGAUAGUCACAGAUUAGUAAAGUUUUCAAUAUUCUACAGACAAGAUAUACUAAAAAAAUAUUGCUUAUUCAUAAACUCAACUUUAUUCAGGUAAACUUAUGAAUGUCAACAAAAAAUAUGUGUAAAUUGAUACUAAAUUUACAUUUACAACCAGUUCGCAAGUCAAGGGCAAAAAGAACUGCUAAAAAACUCUUCGCCAAUCUUUUUUAUCGCCAAGUCUUAACCCAUAAAAACUCGAGCAAAUCAAUCCCAUGGAUUAGGAUCAUUUAAAUGAUCUUCAAAUGUAUAAUAAGCUUUUUUGCUUAAUUUAAAACUCAAUCAAUGUUGUUGCAGUAACUAAACUCCCUCGUCUUUUCCGUCCAACUGUAUUUACACUAUGAUGAAAAGGUGGUCACAUUACCUUGAGUUUUGUUGUAUUGUUUUACUAAGUGCGUAAUCACAACUUAAUGUUCCUAAUUUGAAUAUAACGAGAAUAGAAAAUUUUCUAACGUGUUUUUAGAACAACGCCAUCUGUCAAUAAGCGAAGAAAUCGGACCCCGUUUAUUUUAUAUUUUAUUCGUAAGCCGUGAUAUGUUUAAAUAUGUCGUAAUUGAAGUAAAUUUGUUUAAGAAUUUUAUUUAUGUCUA